AUGGAGGUUUGUCUCUGUUCCAUCUCAAGAUCAUCAAUCAAUAAAUUUGGAAGUUAUGCAAUUUUGAUAGCUUUGUUGUUUUCUCUUAUGUGCUUUACAUCUACAGAUGCUUAUGAUUCACUUGAUCCCAAUGGAAAUAUUACUGUCAAGUGGGAUAUUAAAUCUUGGACUCCAGAUGGAUAUAUUGCUAUUGUUACAAUAUAUAACUUCCAAAAGUAUCGUCACAUUCAAGCACCAGGAUGGCAACUAGGUUGGACAUGGGCAAAAAAAGAAAUAAUUUGGAGUGCAGCUGGUGGUCAAGCCACAGAGCAAGGAGAUUGUUCGAAAUUCAAAGGAAGCAUCCCUCAUUGCUGCAAAAGAGACCCAUUCAUUGUCGACUUGUUGCCAGGAACUCCGUAUAACCAACAAGUUUCAAAUUGCUGCAGAGGCGGAGUGAUUAGCUCGUGGGUUCAAGACCCAGAGAAAGCUGUUAGCGCAUUCCAAAUAACUGUCGGUCAAGCAGGAACAAGUAACAAGACAGUAAGGUUGCCAAAAAACUUCACCCUCAAAGCACCGGGACAUGGAUAUACAUGUGGACCUGCAAUGAAGGGGAAACCAACCAAGUUUCUAACACCAGAUGGAAGGAGGUUCACUCAAGCUUUGAUGACAUGGAAUGUUAUUUGCACGUAUUCACAGUUCUUAGCUCAGAGGACACCGACUUGUUGUGUCUCACUGUCCUCUUUCUACAACAACACAAUUAUAAACUGUCCGACUUGCACAUGUGGUUGCCAAAAUAACAUAACACAGCCGGGAACAUGUGUAGAGCCGGACUCUCCUUAUUUAGCCUCAACACUUCUAAGUUCCGGAAAAGAUGAUGACAGUCCUGUGGUCCGAUGUACUAAACAUAUGUGUCCGAUUAGAGUUCAUUGGCAUAUUAAGACCAACUAUAAAGCUUACUGGAGGGUAAAAAUUACAAUUACAAAUUUUAACUACAAAAUGAACUAUUCCCAGUGGAAUCUUGUUGUUCAACACCCCAGCUUUGAGAAUCUCACGCAGAUAUUCAGCUUUAAUUAUGAGCCGCUGCUCCCAUAUGGUUCCAUUAAUGAUACUGCUAUGUUUUGGGGAAUCCAAUAUUACAAUGAUCAACUAAUGCAGGGUGGACCUUCUGGAAAUGUGCAAUCAGAGAUCAUACUUCAGAAAGAUAAAUUGAAGUUUACCUUUGAAAAGGGAUGGGCUUUCCCUCGAAAGGUUUACUUUAAUGGCGAUAACUGUGUUAUGCCACCUCCCGAUGCUUAUCCAUACCUACCAAAUGCUAGUGCCUACAGUAGGCUUACUCUACUGCACUCGUUGGUGGCAAUUUUGGUAUCUCUUGUUCUAUUAUAUUCACAUAACUUGUAAAGUUAAAAGAAAGAUAUACAAUUGAAGAGUUUAAUUGCUUCCAAUGAAGAGAAUUUCCUUGCCUUGUUUAUAUUAACAUGAAAUAUCUUCAGUAAAAUUUAAAAGCAUCACUUCUGCAACUUCAUCCUGAGGUUCCAAAAUGUGAAGGUUUACUUGUGAUUUUGUAGAUGUAACCAUUGACUUGGUGUGUUCCAGU